AUGAUUGCACUUCAGCCGAUCCAGGAACUCUACCAGUAUGAUGAGGACGUGUUCAAAGAAAUUAUCCAGCUGGUGGUGGCGGGUUGGAGAUCUGCGGAGGAGAACGGGGUUGAACUGCCAGGGCAAGGUCUGGUGUUUCCAUGCAUCUUGGGAAACAAAGGCGAUUGGAGCUACCUAGUAACAUCAGCAAAUCUGUGCAGAUCGUACCGCCGCGCUCCAAAAGGUGCUCGUGAAGCCAAGACUCACAAAGACAAUCCCCCAGGAAUUUGCCAUUUGUGCAUGUGUGGAACCAGAGAAGGUUCUUGGGAAGAUUUGAAUGUUGCAGAGAGGCUCAUCAAAGAAGCGAGAUGCUCUGCGAUCCCAAGUCCAUGGGAUGAGGAGCCUGCGUGGGCACAGUUGUGGCAUGAAGAGUCGCCUGGCGGCCUUGAGCGGUUUCAUCGAAUUGACAUUUGGCACGCCUUCCACCUUGGCGUUGGCAAGAGUUGGGUGGCUUCAUGUGUCGGACUGGCACAACACCUUGUGCGAGAGAGCUCCGUAGACAAACGCCUGUCUGUGCUCAAUGAACACUGGGAUACCUAUUGUACUGCUUUUGGGAAAACAAAAUAUUUGCGACGGCUGGAUCCAUGGACCUUCGGCCUCAAGGGAAAGGAGCCCAGCGCUGGCUGGAACAAAGCGCAUGUGACCGCGACUUUGAUGCAGUGGUUGCAGCACUUCUUGGAGGAGCACCGACAAACUUGUGAGAGAGACCCAACUCUUCGUUUCGUAGCUCCUUGA